CAAUCGGAAGACGUGUUUCGUUCCUGACUCUCAGUGUGAAAGUUCACAGUAACAUGUGGUUAGUUAUGGCGGCGCCGUAUGCGGUUUGAAGAAGCGGGAUGGCAAAAGGGAUGUUAUUAUCACAACUGACUGUUAUAACUAACUAACUGCAAGAAACUGGAAAAAUGUCGCUGAAAGACACCAGUCAAGGGCAGCCCAUGUCCAGAGCCAUGAUCAUGGAAAUGCUGUCCAAGAGAUUUGAAAAGCUGCCAGACCUUGACAGGAAGCUGUUCGCAUAUGGCCCGGUUUAUUUGGGAGGUAACGCUGGACUGGCGGGCCUGAUUGCAAACAGUUUGUAUCGGCGUGCACUCAAUGUCACUCAAGGACGAUUUACUUCCGGUCUUCCCAUGUCCGUACUUCCUUUUCUUACAACUGUGGCAUUAUAUAAUGCAACUGUCAGCAACCCUUUAUUAGCGGGUGAUCUCAACUGUCCAACCUGUGCCCUGCUUAGGGGCGCUUUAGUGGGUGUAGCUGGUGGGGGAAUAUACCCCAUUCUGCUGGCAUUGCCAGUCAACGCUGGGCUUGCAGCAAGGUACAGCAGUGCUCCAAUGCCAGAGAAGGGGAACAUGUUCCGCUUCUGGAUGACCCUGAGCAAGCCCAUUGUGAGGAAAAUGUAUGCUGUACUAUUACUACAGACACUGUUUGGUACAUAUUUAGGCUCCAAGCACUACGAGAUCUAUCUAAAGAUGCUUAAAUUGUCAGAAUCAGACAGUGAGGACCUGCAUGACUAAGCCAACGUUUUACUUAAAAGAAAAUGCACAAUAUAUACCUGCUGUUUUGUUUUGUUUUUCAUAAGACUUUCAAAUUCCAGUCUUACAUUGUAUCUAGAGAACAAACUUUAAACUAUCCUGUUUUUUUUUAGCUUUCAAUACAAGCUAUUAAAGCCUAAUGCACUGGG